AUGGCGGGAGCUUGGUGCCUGGUGCCGCUGUUGCUGCUGGGGGCCGGGCUGGGGCGGGGGCAGCCAACCCCCCUCCAGCCAGGGGUCUCCGGCCUGCGGCACAGCUAUGACUGCGGGGCCCAGGGCUUGCAGCUGCUAGUGUACCCCCCGCCCGGCCAGACGAUCCACUUCCGGGUGGUAGAUGAAUUUGGGAACCGGUUUGAGGUGAACAACUGCUCCGUCUGCUACCACUGGGUCACGUCCAGACCUCGGGGGCCGGUGGUCUUCUCCGCCGACUACAGAGGCUGCCACGUACUGGAGAAGGACAGUCACUGGCGCCUGAGGGUGUCCGUGGAGACGGCGCUGCCCGACGGCCGUGUGGCAGAAUCCCGCGACAUCACGCUGACUUGCCCCAAGCCCGGGUUCGGCUGGGCUCUCAGUCUGCACCGGACAGCGUCCCCCGCCUCCUCGGGCCCGUCCACCCCGCCCACCCAGCCCCUGCUGCCCUCCCCCAGCCUCCCGGCCGCAGAGCCCCGCCUCCUCUCAGCCUCCAGGUCCCAAGAACCUGGACCCACCCACCCCAGCCCGCCUUCACGCCCCCCGGGGGGCACCCAGGCCGGCUGGGAUGUGGACGGGCCAGUCUACGGAGUUCCUCCCGCCCUCUCACCCGCCUCGGGGACCCAUCAGACCCAGAAGCGGUGUCAGCUGGUCUCAGGACACAUCCCCUGCCUGGAGACCCCGACUCAGGAAGCCUGUCAGCGAGCUGGCUGUUGCUAUGACGACACCAGAGAGGUUCCCUGUUACUAUGGCAACACAGAGACCGUCCAGUGCUUCGCAGAUGGCCGCGCGGUCCUGGUGGUGUCCCAGGAUACAGCCGCGGCACACAGGGUGACCCUGGGCAGCAUCCGCCUGGCCGGCGCCCCCCACAGCUGCCCGCCCGUGCAGCAGACCGAGUCUUUCCUGGUCUUCAGCUUCUCCCUCACCCACUGCAACACCACCCUGCAGCUGGUGGGCAACCAGCUCAUCUAUGAGAACCUGCUGGUGAGCGACAAGGAUGUGCAGACGGGACCCCAGGGCUCCAUCACCCGGGACGGCACCUUCCGGCUUCUCGUCCGCUGCAUCUUCAAGGCCCAGGACUUCCUGCCCAUCCAGGCAUCUGUCUUCCCUCCGCCACCCCCGGGCCCCGUGACCCAGUCUGGCCCACUGCGGCUGGAGCUGAGGAUCGCCAAGGAUGAGACGUUCAGCUCCUUUUUCGAGGACAGAGACUACCCCAUCGUGCGGCUGCUCCGCCAGCCGGUCCCCGUGGAGGUCCGGCUCCUGCAGAGGACAGACCCCAGCCUGGUCCUGGCCCUGGACCACUGCUGGGCCACGCCCAGCGCCAGCCCCUUCCAGCAGCCCCAGUGGCCAAUCCUGUUGGGCGGGUGCCCCUACUUAGGGGACAGCUAUCAGACCCAAAUGGUGCCCACGAACGGGACCGGACUGCCCUUCCCUUGCCACCACCAACGCUUCACCGUCGCCACCUUUGCCCUCCUGGACUCCACCCCUGAGAAGGCGCUCAGGGGCCUGGUUUACUUCUUCUGCAGUGCCUCCGUCUCCUCCCACCCGGGGCCCCAGGACUGCGCCCCCCUCUGCCAGUCUGAGAAUAACAGGCGCCGCCGAUCCUCGGGACCCCGUGACGACACGGCCGGACCCCAAAACAUCGUGAGUUCUCUGGGGCCAGUGGGCUUCGAGGAUGCUUCCAGGCAGGAGCCAACGCCGGAGCCUGCAGGUUCCCCCGGGAACCCCAGCUGGAACCCUCCCCUCUGGCUGUUCCUGCUGCUGCUGGCUGCCACCCUGGUCCUGGGUGUGGGUGUCCUCGGGGGCCUUCGCCAGGCCCGGAAGCUCUGGGAGGGCUCUGGGAGGUGA